GUGAUGGCCAAGGUGUCUGUGCUGAACGUGGCGGUGUUGGAGAAUCCGAGCCCUUUCCACAGCCCCUUCCGGUUCGAGAUCAGCUUCGAGUGCAAUGAGGCCCUGGCGGACGACCUGGAGUGGAAGAUCAUUUACGUUGGCUCAGCUGAGAGUGAGGAGUUUGAUCAGAUCCUAGACUCGGUGCUGGUUGGCCCUGUCCCAGCCGGGAGACACAUGUUUGUCUUUCAGGCUGAUGCCCCCAACCCAUCCCUCAUCCCUGAGACCGAUGCUGUGGGUGUGACCGUGGUCCUCAUCACUUGCACCUACCAUGGACAGGAGUUCAUCCGUGUGGGCUACUACGUCAACAAUGAGUACCCUAACCCUGAGCUGCGGGAGAACCCACCACAGAAGCCAGACUUUUCUCAGCUCCAGCGGAACAUCUUGGCUUCCAACCCUCGGGUGACCCGCUUCCACAUCAACUGGGAUAACACAGACAGGGAAGCUAUCGAAAACCAGGACCUUUCUUUGAGCAGCAGCCUCCCCCUCAGCUGCACUCCUGUCAAAGGCCUGGGCCUCCCUGGCUGCAUCCCCAGCCUCCUCCCUGAGAACUCAAUGGAUUGCAUCUAACUGUGGGAACUCAGG